AUGCAUGGGCCAUUGCAAGAGAUCCUGAGUAUUGGGAGAAUUCAAUGGAAUUCUUGUGGGACACAGGCAGAAGAUAUUGAUAGAGAUGUUAUGCUGGGAAUUCUUGAAGUUAGUUGCUGGAUUUGGGCUGAGGAGACAAUGGAUCAGAGAGUACUUAGACGGGGAGGACGAUUUCUCUGCCUUGAGCUGAGCCAUGUGGAACUCCCAGUGUUUAAAGAGUUGUAUGAUUAUUACUCAUUCUCGGUCAUUCCGGCCGUAGGAGAGCUAGUUGCAGGUGAUCGAGAAUCUUAUCAAUAUUUGGUUGAGAGCAUUCGUCGUUUCCCCUCGCAGGAGAAAUUUGCCUCAAUGAUUGCAGAAGCCGGGUUUCAAAAAGUUGAGUAUGAAAAUCUUGUUGGAGGUGUUGUUGCCAUCCAUUCUGGGGUGAAGUUUUAG